GCGAUUAUUGUCACUUGCUGCUGGUCAAUAGACCCUAAUUCAACGGACACCGACCUCACUGCAUCAAAGGGUACGAAACGGAAUUUGAAGGAACGACUUUCGGAAAUGGCUAAGGAGUUUGGAGCGAUGAGUUUUGAAGAGACGUCAGAGGAAAUAGCUUCUGUAGAAGAGAAAGGGAAGCCACUGGCACCGAAGCAGCAUGUCAAGAGGCUUAUAUCAGCUGAGCAGAACGCAGAGUUUCAGGAGUAUCAAGGUGUGAUGGGGAGACCGGGGUUGGACUUCCCUGUGCUGCCCAGCAUUCCCAAAACAGGCUUCAGCUGCCGUGAAGUGAAGAGUUCUGGAUACUAUGCUGAUCUGGACACUGAUUGCCAGGUUUUCCAUAUUUGUGCUGAUGGUAGGAAAAUCUCUUUCCUGUGUCCGAAUGGAACCAUCUUCAGGCAGUCACAUUUGAUUUGUGACUGGUGGUGGACUGUGGACUGUGCCAGCUCAAAAGAACACUAUGAAGAAAGUGCAGAGCUUCUGGCCAAUGACCAGAAAAUUUACAGAGCAAGAUCUGAUGCUUUGUCUAAAUCAAGGGCCAGACAACAUGUAAACCGGAAACCGGGAAUCAUUCGAGAUUUUGAGGGUACAAGCGCGAGUGUGACAUCUUACAGUGCAGAGCCAGUACAACAUAAUGCAAGAAUACAAGUCCACAGCAAGGUGAUUAACCCAAGAAAGCAGCUCCCAAAUUCCACUCCAAAUCCUGGAUUCCUAUGGUCAUCAGAAGAAUUCCAGGCUGGAAGCAGCAUGGAGCAGGCAGAACAGAGGCCAAUUCAUGCCUUUCAUCCACCAUAUCUGGAAUCUCGCCCAAGACGUCCACAAUAUCUGGGAAAUCAACAAAACAGACAGUUUGAAAAAAAUGACCAACCUGACAAAGUUGAACGGUUCCCACAAAAUGUUCCUCUGGCACCCAUAGCAUCCAAACAGAAACAUAUCUCACAAUUCAAAGAGUUCUCAGAAAAUCAACCUCCCCUUGAAGUUAGUCCCAGGCCACAACAGCUAACCAUCACAACUCGCAGACACAGAAUUGGCCAGUUCAGCCACAAUGGACAAUUUGAACAGGGCCUACCAGAUCAGUAUAAACCACUGGUGAGGAUAACACACAAUCACCAACAGCCACGGCAACAAAGUCAACAAGAACCACAAUUUCGUCCAGAACCACGGAUACUCUCACAAAAUAAAGAAAGAAGUAAUGGCACAAGGACUUACAACCAUAUCAGAUUCUUUCCAACUUCAGAAAUAGAGGGUCAACUACCAGCAGAGACAGGAUCAUUUAUUAACAACAGAGGAAAUCAUCUGAAUGGGAUUCAGCAUACAACAGAUAGACAGAGAACUUCACAGAAUGCAGUCCAAGAGGUGACAUCUAAAUCAUAUGUUGAACUCAACAGGUCACGAACUACUGCAGUGAAAACUUUAUCACAAAUGACGUCAGUUGUACCUCAGAUAACAGACAGAGGGAUAACAGAUCUGUCAAACAAUCAAUCUUCUUCAGAAUCAAUCACGGAAGGACAUGUUUUUGAUGACAGUGAUGGGUUUCAAGAACCACAAAAUGAGGGGCAGUACAAAAAUGAAGAUUUAUUUCACCUCCAUGACAAUUCGACAAAAAGCGAUAUAAAUGAUGACAUUGUAUUUACAGAAUCAUUAGUGAAACAUAGUAAUAGAGAUACCUCUGUCUUUGGAGAUGACUUUAAAGAUGAAUCUGCUAAAAUAGAUCUCAUCAAAGAUCUGGGACUUUCUAAACCACCAACUGAUAUUCAGUUUAAGAAUGAAGAUUGGCAUGGUGGAUAUGAAAAUUCAGAAAUACAAGAUUAUGUUCAACCUACUGAAUCACUGCACCUUCUAGACAUAUCUAAAGCAACCACAGAUUUGUCAACUAGGGAAUAUGCUGGUGAUGUCACCUCUACUGGUCCAUCUCAAAGUUUGUCCACUGGAAAGACACAUAGAUUCCGAACUUCUACAACAGCCCUGACUCCUGUACAGAAUAUGGCGAAUAGUACCCAGAAACCAGCUGGAGAAGAAGUGCUUAAUAUUAAGAGUACAUCCAAACCACACACAGUAAUAUCCAACACACAUUAUGGUGAAUCAACUGGGCCUCCCAAAGAAUUAACUAGAAAUGAUGCCACUGGCAUAAGACAACCAAUGAGAUCUUGGCCAAAAAGUGCACCAAUCUCAUCAACAAGUGCACCAACUAAAGUCUCUUUUACAACUGAAGAAUCUGUAGCCAAGAAACUGGAGCCAAUAUUUAUUGAAAUUAUUCACCGAGGCACAUCAGAACCUCCUGUUUUGAAAACUUACACAGUUGAGGAAUUGGAGAAAAGAAGUGGUGCCACAGAUGAAAACAGUUUGUCAUCUAUCAACCCUGAAAUGUCCACUACCCUAUCACUUUCACCAUCACUGGUUACAUCUUCCAGAAGAGUAAGACCACGAAAAAAACUUGUUUCCCUGACACCAGUUCCUGAUGUCACACCCCCUAAAUUAACUACACCCAUUCCACCCACCACUCUCCAUGUUACUUUUCCCAGAAAGUUGCACUCACCUGAGUUAACAAUGACUUCUUCAAACCCAUAUGACAGAAAUAAAAUGAAAAGUGAUGAUGAACCUCAAAAUUCAUCAACAUUUAGAACAAGGUCAAAGUCCCUGUAUACUGAACAUACAACACCUGUAAGUCCUGUGACUUUAUCAAGAAGAGUGCAGCCACCCUUUGAAUCAUUGAUUCAAUUUAACAGUGGUUCCUCCAUACCAGUAACUGCUUCUGCAGUGGGACCAGGCAGGCAGCAACAUAAGACUGACACAGCAAACCAAGAAGCUUCCACAAGCUUUCAGGCAAUAACAAAUGGUAGACUUCUGAAUACUGGUUCACACAGACUAUCAGAGGAAACAAACUUUACACAGAACAUCAUGGUAUCAACUGAACCCUCAGCUGCAACAGUAAGAAUUAGUUCUGAACCCACCAAAAAUUCAACAGUGUAUAUUAAAGUACGACACCAAACAACAAGUGAACCUAGCCCUGUGACAAAUCUAAGGCAACGUCUUUUAUCAAAGAAGCAAAAGACAAUGACUGAGUCUGUUAAAAAUACCACACCAUUCUUAAAUACAUCUUUGGAGAUGGGAAUCUUGGUUACAGAACCAACUGUUGGUCCAGACAUUCCUUUAUCAUUUGCACUGAAGGAAAAACCAACUUCUUCUCCACAGUACAGAAUGAGGGAUGGCCUUACAAUUCCAGCAUCAUCAGGACCAUCAACUCUUCAUUCACUUGCAGUUUAUUUUGCCACACAAGGCAGAAACGAGGAGACUACAAUUCAAACCUUAACUGGUUUUAAUUUUAAAAAGCACAAAGGAAAGGGGGAAGAGCCUACAACUGAAAGUGUACCUGUAACAUCAUUCACCAUUCAGUAUAGUUCAGCAAUAGAAGGAAAUGAAACAGACACUUCUGUAGUAGCUCCAAGUUUUUUAACAAAGUCAACAAGGGAUUCAUAUUCUGAGUUAUUUCCUAAUACUAAUGGAGAUCAGAGCUCAGCAGUACAGGAACAAGUGAGAUCUAUGGCAAUGACAACAGAGAAAUCUGAUAUCAAAUAUUGGAAAACGACCCAUUCUUCACACAAUGAACUUAGAAACGAGCUUUUAGACAAGCUGGCUGAAAUAUCUGAAAUGGAAUUGAAAACAUCAAGUGAAAAAACAGAUGCUUCCUCUCAAAGAGAGGUGUCACAUUCAGAUACUGAAGACUUGCUGCAGGGUACUGACUCAAGAGACUUACGAGAAUUGGCUCAGAUUUUCAGUCAUGCCCUCUCUGCCUAUUUGGAAGAUCCAGAGGAGUUCAAGAAAGUUCUUACUCAGAUUAGACCCAAGGAUCCUUCAUCUAUUUCCAUAGAUGAUGUAAAACCGUUUGAGGUCAACCAACUUCAGAGUACCACAAUAGGAUCAGUGAGUCAUAGCCCUUCUGUACCCCUGACAACAUCAAGUACUGAAUACUCUUCAGUUACCCAGGAGGACGAAGAAGUGUUAGACUUUUCUGAUGUUUCCAAAGUUUCUAGAAGGAAGUCAAAAACAACAACUUUAAUGCCUCCAUAUUCAAAAUAUGUUAGUACAGAAAAAUUGAAAGAUUUAAUCUCAACAUCUUUUGGAAACGCUGCUGCAGUGGUAACAUCUCAGAAUAACGGGGUAACACAAACUAUAUCAAAGUCACCUUUCACUGAAGCAUUAGAAAUUGCUGACCUUAAACCACCAGAGGAAGGUCUUCAGAAUGCACAGUCUACAUAUUAUAUAUUUCCCAACCAACAAAAUCCAGCAAACACUGUUACUGUCUCUUCAGAAGUGUCAGAAAAUCCACAGGCAGCUGAAGAACUUGGAGAGGAUUACACUUUGCCACCUGGGACUAAGCAGUAUCGUGGGCCUGGAUAUGGUCCACAGGUAGGAGAAGUGAAGUUUGCCCCAACAGCUGGGGGAGUUAAUGAUGCAAGCCGGCCCCGUUAUGGAGGUUUCCAAAAUAACUCGAAAGGAACCGCUAAAGAGGCUUCAAAUGAAUAUACUGUGGUUCCUGAAAUUAAGUAUCAUGUAAGAUCCACAGAAAAGCCUAUUUCAGCAACACAAAGCGUUGAAACAGCUUCAACAAUGGAAGUUCAUGCUAAAAUUGGAAAUAUCUGGAAUACUUUUGUACCACAAGAACUGAAUAAUUUAGCAGUUGGUGGUAUUUCCCAGACUUCAGUUGAAAACAUUCAGAAAGAACAUAUCCAGCCUCAAAAUUUAAUGCCACAUUCAAAACAAACUGUACUUGGAUCUAGUACAACUACUUUCACACCAUUGCGAGCUAGUCAGCCUUCAGAUGCUCUAAAUCUUGAACGAACCUGGAGCUCUAUGGGAAAUAUAGUUGAUGCUUUAACAAUAAAUCGUGAAUUGAGUGAAUCGGAUAUUGAAGGAAGAACAUCAUCAACCACUGUGCAGAAAAUAAUAUCAUCUGUUACAACAACACAAAUACCUGCUUCCUCCACAAAAUCAGGGUUUAGAACUCCACACAGAUCAUCUUCAGUCUCUGACAUUUUGAAACCUACUGUUACUGUUGGGGAUGGUGAAGAUCCAACACCUAUUCUGCCUGACACUCAUGGCACAUCUAACAAUGGUGGAAUUUCAACAAAGUCUCGAUCAGCACAGGAAAACAGACAUUCUCAAUUGGGAUUUGAAGCUGAGAGUACAGAUUCUCAUGAGAACUCAAGUGAUGAUCCAAAUCCCAAGGAAGAAGUACAACCAUUAGAUAUUUCACAUGUAACAUUUUAUUCAGAGAAGAUAAAACCACAGCCUCCAUCUUCAGCUUCCUUAAUCCGAGAAACAAAAUCUAGGAAAAACAGGGUAGAAGCUUUGAUUAGUUCUUCAACAAGUAGUUACAUACCUGGAAAUGCCUCAAUAUCUAAUAAAAAUUCAGAAGGAAUAUCAAUAAAAACACCUCUUAAAGAUACUCCAUUCAGAAAUGAGCCAACAUCCAGUACACAAACAUAUUCAUCAACAAUGGAAUCAAAACCCACCAUGACUACACACAACAUGGCCAUGAAGAAUGGUUUUUUCCCUAUUCAACAACGUUCAAGAAGUUAUCAAGAGCCACAUAUGCUGGGACAAGGACUGAUAAAGAAUGAAACAUUAAGAGAAGCAUCAGAAAUGCCACUGUCAUCAAGACAAUCUGUGCCUGCACCUUUUACAGAAACAUCAUUCCCAGCUGAGACUACCAUUGCUUCAUGGAAGCAAGAAAUACAGCAGUCUGAGCAAGAUGUUUCUAAUGUGAACUUACAACCUGUACAGAGUUCAAUGCGAGUGCCCAUUUCUUCUUCCAUUCCUCGAUCAAGAGGGGCCUCCCCUUCAAGGAGAGCUAAAAAUACCACAAUAACACCGCCUCCUUAUAAUGGAAGAAUCAAUGUAGAAUUUCUCAAAGAUGAUUCCCUUUUUGUGCCAAACACAUCCAUGUCAACACUUACUUUGCUAGCCAGUAGAGAUUCAGUAACUUUUUCUCCAGACAAUAAUGCAUUAUCUAGAGGAGCAAAGUUUUCUGAGAAACAGAAAUCAUUAAAAAAGGAGUUCUUGCCAACAGAGCUGAACAAUGCAUCAAAUUCUUGGCAGUCAGUCAGAAUAAGAACCAUGAUCCCUUCUGCAGAGAGUUCAAAUUCAUCCACUUCUCCCAAUGUAUCAACAUUCGCAAAUAUAUUCUCAUCUAACAGAUCCCUCACAUCUAUGUCCAGAACAAGUUUAGAGACAGAUUUAAACGUUGAUGAUGGAACCACAGAUCAGUUACAAGCCUUAGAAAACUUGCAAAAAAUUUUAUUCUUUGCCAAUUCUACCACAGCUGAAGAGGGGUCCAUGUAUGGUAAUCUGAAUGAAUCUAAUACCCUUUCUCUGAUCAAUGCAAUGAAACAGGCUGUAACCAAUUCAACAGUUCAACGUUUGGUUCUGUUAUUAGUGAGUAGCUUUAGGGAAAAUGCACCACAAGAAACUCGGUUGCAGCUCAUAAACGCACUUCUAAGAAUGCCAGUUGAUCACAGACUGUCAGAGGCACAGCAAGACUCAGUAUCAACUUUACUGAAAGAAAGUAUGGAAUUUUUGUCAGAAAAAUCCAGUGAGAGAGAUACUGCAACCACUGUGUCUGGAUGUAAGUCACAUCCAAGUUCGAUCCUUGAAACAUCCUCUCAGAAUUCCAUGAUUACACAGCCUAACUUCGAGAACAAGCAUCUGAUCACAACUGACGUUCCUGCAACAAAGUUCCGAACUCGUGGGAGGAAGAAUCCUCAGGUUGCAACUCCUCAAGUGCAUCCGAUAACAACAACAACAGUUCACAGUAAAGGCAGGAGAUUAGUGAGAGUCAGAGUCAUAAGUGAGAGACCUCGGACAGUACCCAGCACGACAUCAUCAGUGGAGGAAAUUUCACAGCCUGAAGAAGGUGCCUCACUGCCACAAUCUGACACAAGAGCUGUAGAACUUCUCCGGUCCCUGUAUUCCUUGGCUUCAAGAUGGGGUUAAAUCUUGUCCUUGAUGAGAAAUUUUAAAGCACUGAAUAGUACAGUCCUGGUCCUAGAAACUGCACUAAGUUCACGUGAUAUAUUGAUGUAAGCAAAUCUAUACUAAUUUUUUACUGAUGGAUGAAGUUUCCUUGAUCAUGACUGUACACCCCUACCACAUAAUGUGAUUAUAGUGAAUUGCGGAUCAUAAUGCAUAAUUCAUGUGGUACAGAUCACCCCAAUUUAUGUUGCUGUUUGAGUCAGAUUGAUGCUUAUUGUUUGGCACCAUGUAGUGUUCCUGCAUAUUAUCUAAUUAUGCAUGAAGCUACAUGAUAAUGUGCUCUCUUAAACCUUAAUAGGCAUGUGCAAAGAGAUUAUGGAACUGAGCCAUAAGUGGCAUACAGAAGCAAAAAUAAUGGUUUUAUCUCUGCUACUGUGGAUCCUAUAUAUGAUUAGAAUCAGCAAAGAUGGAAAAAUAAAUUAAUUGAAGAUGGUUGUAUCAUCAGAACAUCUACACUUAACAAAAACUGAAACAAAUUUUCAGACAUAUUUUUUUUUUAUUAUUCGAAUUGUUUCCUGUAACAUUUGAAACAUAUGAAACUGUAAGGCCACCUGUACAAUUUCACUCUGAGACCCUUGUGGUCUGAGUGUUUGUGGUAUUACUUAUACAUUGCAUGUUUCAGCACAAUGCUUACCCUGUUUCUGCCAUAGUCACCUAACUGAUUGCAUUUUCAUCAAAUGGACCAGUUUCUUUCAUCUCGUUGAAAACAAAAUUCCUUCUGCAAUGAGCAGUGAAUAUUCAUCUCAUUGUUACAUGGAAAUGGGUUGCAUAAGGACAAUUUCAGGUGGGUUCAGAUUGGGAACUUGUAUAAAAUACGUAUGAAAUUGUACACAACAUAAAUUUUUGGACAGAUAUAUGAUUCAUUCUACAAAAAAUUGCAGGUAUAAAGAGUUUACAUUCAGGAACAUUUUUUAUGGACAUGAUAUCAGAUGAAGGAAGAAUUGUAGAAUGUAGGCACAAACUUUUUAAUCUAAAUUGCUUUCUGAAGGAAACAAAGUAUGCUUACAAGAAAGUCACAAUUUGUAAUUUUCUGGAGUCAUUAAUAACAAGAUGGGUGAUAUAAGAACAUGUGAAAUGGGAACAACACUAGCAUCAUGUAAUAUGGGGCUUUGAAAUGACAUAUGGUAAUGGAGCUUGACAAAAUAUGAAGCCCCUGUUGAUGUAAUUCGCUUACAGAAUAAAGAAACGGUGUCUGUAUUAAAUCCAUGGGUCCUAUUCAACUUUCAUUCUUUGUGGCAAUAUUUAUUGAUUCACUGGAACUAGGAAUGUGAAAUAUGGUAAGGAGAUAGGUCACAAACAUACCUACAAAUUCUGUAUGAAAUACUGUUUUAACAUAUUGCAGGUAGGCAGUGGAUCAAUAAGCACAUUUCCUAGGUAACACAGUCAACUAUAGAACUUGAGUUACUAGAGUUUUGAUACACACAGUGUAACUUUAACUGACUGAAAGCCAGUAUCCAUGAAAACAAACCGUUCAAAGCACAGUAACAGCUAAGAACGCAGUAAGAGUAGUGUUGAAAGAGGUGACUUAUACAAGGUUUGCUGAAGUAUUAUAACAAUAGAGCUUGCCAGAUGAAUCAUUUAAUUAUGGAAUUAAUUAAUUAUGGGAUUACAGAUUUGCAGAAUUACUAAAUUAUGGACUUAAGGAAUUGGACUUGGCUUUGUGCAGACUUAAAUCACCCAAUUUAUACAAGGAGCAUCCAUGUGUUGUGAAGUGUUGAAGACUUUUCUUUAUGUGUUAUUGUUCCAGUAAUCUUUUGAAGUGUUAUAAUUAUUUGUAGUUACGACUUGUGAACAUCCAAUAAACCGAGUCACCUAUUCCAGAACCCAUUAAUUAUUAGCCACAUAACCAGGAUACGUGGCACUAUUUAUGUCAAUAGCAUAAACGAUGAUGAAUACAACAACAAUAACAUAACUCAGUACUUUGUGAUAUGUAAAGAUAUUAAGAGGCACUGAGCUUCUUGUUAUUGGACUGUAUCAUCCACAGUGCCUGUCAGUCAGUUAGUUCUAAACAAGAAGCAGACUGAGGUUCAUCAAAAUUUAAAAAAAUCUCUUCUCAUAUUUUCACAUUAAGUUGAAAAGUUACUUCCAAUGAUUGACAUUUUUCCAGCAGGACAGCUACCUGUAACUUUGCUAUUUUAAGCAAUACUUGAAUUAUUCUUGGUUUAUUUAAUUAUCAAGCGCUAAGAGUAUAUAGAGGUUCUAUAUGGGUGUGAAACUUGGUCUCUGACAUUAAGGGAGGAACAUAGACUGAGGGUGUUUGAGAACA